AUGUCUGCCGAUGGACAACGUGCCGUGAACACCAGGCCUCGUUCACCAGUCUCCUGCAUACAAAGAAAUGGCGAGGUGCCUAGCAAAGUUGAACUCAUCAACGAAUACGACGAAGACUUCAUUGCUCAGCUCGCGGAAGAUAACGUAGUCUCGCGGCGGAAUUUAUACAUUGUAUCUAUCUCUGGUGUUAUUGACCCUGCUCAAUUCGAUCAGACUGGCUCCAAUGCAAAGUGGAAGAUUUCCAAUGUGGAGUUCGCGGCGGGUAUCGUGAAAGCGGGUCAUGGUACUGGUUUGACUUUUAAUGUUAUUGGUAUUAAGGGAGGGGACAUUGUUGUUCAUGUUGGGUCCGAAUAG